CCGUUGUCUUCGUUAGUUACGUUUUAAGCCUAUACAGGGUCAGCUGUCUGCUUUAAUAGUUUUUAUUCCGUUUGUUUGAUUGUUUGUGUGCAGUGGGGGUUAGAAAGAACGAUGGCUGCAGGUUGUUGUGGUUCGAAAAAACAGAAAUUAAACAAUUCAAUUAGUAGCAUUUCAACAUAUAAUGGUCUUUCAUCAUCUUUAAACGGUUCCCUCAACGGAAUGGUCGCGUUACCUGAAAUGUGCUUCUUUUGUUUUGACGUCCUCUAUUGUCAUCUGCAUAACCUCGAUCCACCAAAAACUCCUUCGUUUAGUAACGAUGCAUAUCCUUUGUUUGUAACUUGGAACAUUGGCAAAGACAAACGUCUUCGAGGAUGUAUAGGCACAUUUAAUGCCAUGAACUUGCAGACGGGCUUGCGCGAAUAUGCUAUUACUAGUGCUUUCAAAGACUCCCGUUUCAAUCCAAUUACAAAAGAAGAAUUUUCAAAGUUGAGUGUAUCCGUAUCGAUAUUGAGACAUUUCGAAGAUGGAAAUGAUUACUUGGAUUGGGAAGUGGGUAUCCAUGGCAUUAGAAUCGAAUUUAUAAACGAAAAAGGAAACAAAAGAACUGCUACAUAUCUUCCUGAAGUGGCAACAGAACAAGGUUGGGAUCACAUUCAGACAAUAGAUUCACUUCUUCGAAAAGGCGGCUACAAAUCCGCUAUUUCACACGAUUUAAGACGUAGCAUAAAAUUGACCCGUUACCAGAGCGAGAAGAUAACAAUGAGUUAUCACGACUACAUGAACCAUUGUAACAACCAGCGGUGCUAGCAGCUAGUGUGGGGGCGCCCGACCGUCGCGCCUCCACAAGUCGCCGCCGCCCCCUAUUGCUACCCCGUCGCCACCGCCGCUGCCACAUAUCGAGCACCUCCUACGGUCGUCAUGGUACAGCCGACGUACUCGUCACCACCGUAUUUCUUACAACCACCCUUCAUCGUACCGUCCGGCCCACUAACGACUGCGGGUGGCACCGCGUGGUGGGGCGGCCAACAACAGGAUUAUGUCCCACAACAACAACAACAACAUCAUCAGCAUCACAACCAUCUCCAUCAUCCCCCGCAUCAUCACCAUCAUCAUCACCAUAAUUUCCAUGUGUUACCCUUUACGGAUGGGGCAGAUAGGAACAGAUAUCGACCUUUGCCCGACGAUCGAAAGUUCAACUGACACAACAGGGGACGCUGUCGUUUCGGAAAAAGAAAGGGCUAAAGUGCUGGAGAUAAUCUUGGAGAGAGGAAAAGCGAAAAAGUCUUUUUUCAACACCAAAUGAUAAUUUAAGUUCGAAUGGUGAAUGGGUCAGAUUUUCGCGUUUGCCUGUCUGCAAACAAAUAGACACCCUGAUGUCGUCUAUGUGCUCGAUAAUACAGUUAUGUACAUGAGAGGUGUUAUAAGUUAAUAAAAGGGUUUUCAUAAAAAAAAGCAUUUCGAAACAUCAAACUAUAAUUUCAGUCAUGUAUUCCAAUUCCCCAUAAAUCUUAUACAAUGGUUACAAAGUUAACCGUUUUUUAAGUUAUAUUUUUAAGGUGUUUCGAUAUCCUUUUUUUUCCAAUUAAAAAUACUUAUUGUGGAUCAGAUAUGGGUACGUUUCUCUAAUGAAUUUAUUAACAAUCGAGCUAAGUUUA